CUUUAAUCACGUAACCACUUGAUUCAAGACCACGUCUUCCAAGAGUCUACCACCCAGCAUGCGUCAGUGACAGCCACAAUACUACAUUCUGCUAACCCCCCAGGCGGUAAUUAAUCUAAUCACAGGAGUGUGAUUAAUAUGUAGAGAUGGGAAUAAUCUGCGCACAUGUGCUUGGCUGCGUGUUGCCUCCAGGCGGCAAGGUGCCAGCCUACAUCCCGCCCCUGGGUAUUGAGACCCCAUACGACUUGCGCUUUAGAUAGGUAGGUGAAAACCCCCCCGAAUUCUAAGAUGAAGUCAAAUUUCUAGCUACCUCUUCGUCCCCUUCAUCGAGAAAGGGGCAACCUUUAUUCUUCCGCACUGAGAAGCAAAUAUCAAAACAUUCCAAGCAGACAAGACAUUCAGGGAAUUCAGAUGCCUGAACAAGAACCAGCGCCGCAAGGCUCCAACACGAACAUCACAGCUGUAACUCAGAUGGAUGAGCCCGAAUCAUUCCAACAUUCAUGGCGAUUAUGGACCAUUUUCUUGGUCCUCUGCAUGUUAUCCUUUAUGGCCUCUAUUGACUCAACUAUCAUCACUACAUCUUUGCCGAUAGUUACGAGAGAGGUCGGGGGCGCCGGCCAAUACGUCUGGAUAGCGAACUCAUACUUAUUCGCCUGCACCGUGCCCCAGCCUCUUUACGGCCAGAUCGCAGAUAUUUUCGGUCGCCGGAAUCCCAUUUUUGUGGCUAUUGUCCUCUUUACUCUCGGAAGCGGUCUUGCCGGCGGCGCCCAUAAUGUUGGCAUGCUGAUUACCGGCCGGACUAUCCAGGGCCUUGGAUCUGGUGGCCUGUACGUCUUGUCGGACAUCAUAAUUUGCGACUUGAUUCCGCCUCGAUAUCGUGGUCCUUACAUGAGCGCUGUUCUUUCUACUGCUGCUAUCGGCACUACCAUAGGGCCUAUUAUUGGCGGCGCACUUGCUCAAGAGAACUGGCGUUGGGUGUUCUGGAUUAACAUCCCGGUAAUGGGCGUUGGACUCCUGGCUAUCAUUCUCGCACUCAACGUGCGAUAUAAACGCAGCCCGACUUGGCUCCACGCCUUAGCCCGCGUCGACUUUCUCGGCAAUGCGAUUUUUAUACCGACCAUGGUGGCUUUAUUCUUUGGCUUGAUAAUGGGAGGCCAAAACGGCUACCCUUGGGGAUCAUGGCGUAUUGUUUUACCACUUGUUCUCGGCGUUCUUGGCUGGGCUGCUUUCCAUGUAUAUGAAGCAUCGCCAUUUUGUCGUGAGCCUAGUAUGCCAACCCGACUUUUCAAACAUCGCACCUCAGCCACUGGGUUCUUGAUGAUUUUCUUAGCAUCUAUUAUAAUGCAGGCUAUCGGGUACUUCUUACCAAUAUAUUUCCAAGCAGUUAAAGGGACGACACCCUUAAUGUCCGGCGUGUCAUUCCUGCCCUUUGCUUUGGCGAUUAUUCCAUUUGGCGGACUCGCAGGUACCUUUAUGUCCAAGACGGGACUAUAUAGGCCGCUCCAUUGGAUCGGUUUUGCGCUAAGCGCCGUCGGGGCUGGGUUAUUUUCGAUAUUACACGAGACUUCCAGCCGCGGCGCCUGGAUAGGCUUUCAGGUGAUCGCGUCCGGCGGAACCGGCCUAAUCUUUACAGCAACGUUACCAUCAACCCUCGCAGCGCUGCCGGAAUCUGAUGUCGCUGUCGCUACGGGUACGUACUCGUUCGUCCGCUCCCUUGGUUUAGUGUGGGGUGCGACGAUGGCCUCCAUCGCCUUCAACGGCCAGGUCAAUGUCCACCUCGACAUCGUCGCCGAACCGGAGAUUCGUUCGCUCUUAGCUGAUGGCGGCGCUUACACGUAUGCCGGCGGCCUGACCAGCUUACCGGACCCCGCUAGGGGUCAGGUCAUUAGGGUAUAUGAGUUAGCCUUGAGGGCUACUUGGCUAGUAUUUGUUGGCGUGGCGUGCCUGGGUUUCCUCAUCACAUUUGUCGAGAAGCACGUCGAGCUACGCAAAGACCAUUCAACCGAGUUUGGGCUUGCGAAGAAACUCCCUACAGAAGACGAGGCAGAAAAAGGGGGUAGGACGAGUUCUCCAGAUGCCGAAACAGUUGGGGAAGUAAACUGAGAAGCAUGCGGGAAUGAAAGUAUACAGUUACUAAGAGAAGGCUACUGGGUUUAGAAAUUUUGGUAUAUUAAUUGUGUAGUUUCAUAGUGAUCUAGGUAGAAUCUCAAAGCACUAAUUGUUUGAA